AUGCCCUUGUCCACUGGAAUGCUGACUUACGACAGCAAGCAGUCUUCCUCAUGCACAGCACCUGUUUUUGAAACUCAUCAAUCUGCUGUAGACGUGACUGUGAGUCAAAGUGUUUGCUUUACCGUGCCCGGACAAACUGGAUUCAAAAAAGUGACUUCCAUUAAAGAACCAAGUGCAUGUCCAAUUCCAGGAUUGGGAUCUGGGGUACUAGAGAUGUGUGUCAAGGAGGGAAGUAAAAUUCGAAACCUUUUGCGUUUUGCCAUUUCCUGCUUACAAGACGAAGGACAUGUUGCUCCUGUAUCUCAGGUUAUGUUCACUGGCCUGGGUCGAGCCAUCACUAAGACCAUUACCUGUGCUGAGAUUGUGAAGCGUAAAGUCCAAGGGUUACAUCAAGUAUCAAAACUUCAGUACAGGAACAUUCAGGAGGUGUGGGAGAACCAAGAGGGUGAAAGUGUGAAGGUGCGUAAAACUGUUCCUUCAAUCUGCAUUCUCCUCUCCAAAGAGCCCCUCAACCCACAAGAGUUAGGAUACCAGGCCCCUGCUGAGACAAGCUCCAGAUCAGAUGAGAAAAAACAUGCAGGUGCUCCAGCAACUACUGGGAAAAGACCUUUCAGCCAUUCCUCUCAUGUGAUUAUGUCUAAUGCAAAAAGAACUGCCAUGGCACAUGUAUCUACAUCAUGA